AUGGAUCUACCAAAGGACCAUCCCGAUCGUGAAGAGCGAAUAAUUCUCGCGACGAAGAUUACAUCUCAGUGGGAAAUCACCACCGAAAGCACUGCGUGCAUUCCUCUAACUAUGCGCUACCCGAAAGACCUUCAGUGGUGGCCUAUCGAAAUCCUGCGGGCCUUGGGUGACCUCGCCGACGAAAUGCCAGGUAUCGAAAACGGGAACGACGUCUACGAUCUACUGGUAGAGGGCAAAAUGAAGAGGAUGAAGGACAGCUCGUCAGCAGAGAUACAGCUGAGCGACAUAUCAUAUGUUCGAGAUCGGAGAUACAACGAGGGAAAGGAGAAGAUGCCUGACACGUAUGCGGACGAUGAAGGUAUGCUCGUGUCGUAUACUUUGUUCGAAAUCGCAAAAGAGCUAAUUUGGGCAGAAGCAGAGUCCAUCGAGCUCACAUCUGAUGAUGACGAGGUAGUCGAUUCGCCUUAUGAUACGGACGACGCAGACGACGCCAUCGAGCCCGGCGAAAGUUCUGAAACAUCUGCCACAGUAGACACGACCGUUGCAUCCAUCAAUCAGCACAAUAACAACUCAGUUGCUCUUCCAGCUGCCAUACUUCCCACGGAUAGCCAAAAAGACAAGUACAGAAAGUGGAACCUCUGGAUCAACCAUUACUGGCAAGUACAAGACUGCAGAGAUCUCAUCCCGGUUAACAUGCUCGAAAGAUACAACAAGAUACCAAAUCGAAACCGGGAGUUGAAAAGGUACGGAACUAAUCGAAACGGUGAGGUCUUGGAGCUGCUCUACGAGCUAGCUAAGAUAACUCGAAUGCAGCGGAAAGAUGAUGCGUGGAAGAUUAUCAAGGGGCACUGUGCCGACAGACCGAUGCGUAAAGAUGGCCACAAGGCGCUUUCGAUUAGCGAUGUUAAGUUUGCUCUUGAUUACUUUAGGGGUUUGCCGCAGGAAGAAGGAGAGGAGUCUGCCGCUGCUAGUGAGCUAGCUUCUACAGCGGCGUUGAACGACACUAAGACUUAA